AUGGUUUCUCUCAUCACAGAAUCCACGGUUCAAGCUCUUGGGCUAAAGAAAAUUCCAAAUAAGGUUCGUAUUUCUGGAGUAGGAGGUCAGGAAGAUUCUUUAGCGUCAAGAUCUAUGGUAGAAGUAAAAAUCAGAUCAAUUUAUAAUCCCAAGUUUACCAUGGUCGUUCAAGCGCACGUUCUCGGUAAGCUUACAUCUUUUCUUCCAUCAAGGAGAGUCAAUGUGCAGUUGUGGCCAGAGCUGUCACACCUGCAAUUGGCUGAUCCAAAAUAUGAAGUCCCAAACAAAAUUGAUCUGUUGCUUGGUGCGGAGGUGUAUGCCCAGGUACUGGAGGACGGCAUGAUAAAAGGUCCCCCUGGAUGUCCGUUAGCACAGAAAACGCAUUUAGGGUGGAUAUUAUCUGGGCACAUUCAAUCAGAAAUAUUAGAUUCUGAAACGCACCAACAACCGAGAGUGAUCGUCAGCAUGCACGCGGGAUGCAAUGAAGAUGAACUACUAAAAAGGUUCUGGGAAAUAGAAGCAGAGCCAUGUUUGGCAAGCCAUAAAAUAAUGACAAUCGAAGAAAAGGCGUGUGAAGAUAUUUUUGAGAGGACAACUAAGAGAGACAGGGAGGGAAGAUAUAUUGUCGACUUACCUUUCCGCCCCGAAGUGAAGCAUGAAUUUGGAGAUACGCGAAGUGUAGCGGUGCAAAGGCUAAGGAGUUUAGAGAAAAGAUUUAAGAACAUCGAACUGAAGAAUAAUUAUACGCAAGUGUUGAAGGAAUAUUUAUUGCUGGGUCAUAUGGAAAAGGUACAGGAAGACUCGGAAGAGACGCGGAGACGUUCGGUAUGGUUACCGCAUCAUGCAGUAGUCAGACCAGACAAAAGCACUACUAAGACGCGAGUAGUAUUCAAUGCGUCAGAUAGAAGUGCUAAUGGUAUUUCGUUAAAUGAUACCCUGAUGGUUGGGCCAAGACUACAACCAGAAUUACGUCAUAUAAUCAUGAGAUGGCGUCUCCACCCGAUAUGCCUAAUAGCCGACAUCAUAAAAAUGUAUAGGCAAGUAAAGCUGAAAAGGGAGCAUACAGAUUAUCACCGAAUUGUGUGGAGAGACGACAAUAAUGAAAUCCAAGAUUAUCGUCUACUUACCGUUACCUUUGGCACUUCCAGUGCACCUUAUUUAGCUGUCAAAGCUCUCCAACAGGUAGCAGUCGAUGAGGGUGGGAGCUACCCCCUAGCUGCUGCAAAACUAAAAACAGACUUUUACAUGGAUGAUCUGUUAACCGGGUGUGAUUCUGAAAGGGAAGCAUUACGAUUAUAUGAAGAAAUGAAUGAAUUGUUAAGUAAAGGAGGUUUUAAGCUACAGAAAUGGAGUAGUAAUAGCAUGGAGGUGAUGGAAGGUUUUGAAGGAAAUAUAGAACAGGACAGGGAACUUAAGGAGGAUGACGUGACUAAAGUAGUAGGUCUCUUUUGGAAUCGCCGUACCGAUGACUUUAGUUAUAGAGUUCAGUUUUUAUCAGCGUCGCUUCCUGCAACCAAAAGAGAAAUUAUAUCAGAAAUUUGUCGACUGUACGAUCCUCUUGGUUGGAUCGCUCCAUGCAUCAUCACUGCAAAAAUAUUUAUACAAAAAUUAUGGAUGACUGGAUUUGGAUGGGAUGAUAAAUUACCGUCUGAACUUAUUAGUGAAUGGAUAACUUACCGUGAGGAAUUAUUUCAGCUAACAAAUUUCCAAAUACCGCGAUGGGUGCAAACCCGAAGCAAAGAUACAGUUGUGGAGUUACAUGGGUUUAGCGACGCUUCACAUGCCGCCUAUGCUGCUGUGGUUUAUAUUCGUUGCAUUUCUGAAGAUAAACAAAUUAAAACUCACCUGGUAGCUGCAAAAACUAAAGUUGCCCCGAUCAAGCAAAUCUCCAUACCUCGACUGGAACUCUGCGGUGCGGUGUUGGUAACUAAAUUAUUACUUGAAGUAGCUGAAGUAUUGAACAUACCAAUUUCACAGUUGCAUGCUUGGACAGAUUCCACCAUCGUCCUGGCGUGGCUUAGUGACCAUCCCAGUCGGUGGAAAACAUUCAUAGCCAACCGGACUUCUGAAAUUCUAAAUCAUUUAGAACCUUGUAAGUGGUCGUAUAUACAGUCCAAAGAAAAUCCCGCUGACUGCGCGUCACGUGGAAUACUACCUACUGAGCUAGUUGAUAAUAAUUUGUGGAAGUACGGUCCGGAUUGGUUAAGUAAGAUUGAUAUUCAGUAUGGUAAACCGCUUUCCAUAUGCACUAAAACUGACCUGGAAGAAAGAAAGGUUAGAGUACAUGCUGCAAUUAAGGAGAACUGUGAAGAUAUAGAUAUAUUUUUAAAAUUUUCAUCUUUUACGAAGCUGGUGAGAGUAGUCGCCUACUGCAGAAGAUUCCUGAAAUUGAAGGAUCCCGUUGAAACUCGUACGAAAUUUCUACCUUACCUUUCAGCUGAAGAGCUCCGAGAUGCCACCAUGUGUUGUAUCCGUCAGCAUCAGCUUACCUGGUACCCUGAAGAAAUGAAGAAUCUGAAACAGAAAAACAUCAUUAAAAAGAGUAAAAUUGACAAUUUAAAUCCAUUAAUAGAUGAAUUAGGAAUUAUGAGGGUCGGAGGAAGGAUAGAAAAUUCUUACCUGAAGGAUAGCAGCAAACAUCCGAUGAUUAUAAACGGUGACUCCUGCUUGGCGAAGUUGAUUAUAGCCGAUGCUCACGCCAACACCAUGCACGGAGGUCCCCAGCUGACUAUCAACUACAUACGUUCAACGUAUUGGAUCACCAAAUUGAAAAAUCUUGUACGAUUUCACAUACACAAAUGCGUUAGAUGCAUAAGAAACGCGGCGAAGUUUAAACUCAAUUGA